AUGACAACUGCUAUAUGUAAUACAAAUAAUACUAAUAAUUAUUAUAACCAUAAUAAUUUAAAUAAAGAACCACUUUAUAAUAUCAAAAUACUAUUUAAUGGUGAUUUUAAAGUGGGGAAAACAUCAAUAGUAAAAAGAUUCAUGAAUGAAGAUUUUCAAGUUCAUCAUAACGUCUCAACAAUUGGAAUAGACUUUAAAAUUAUUAAAAAGAUGGUUAAUGACAAGUUAGUUAAAAUUCAGCUAUGGGACCAAUCCAGAGGUUGCGAAAAUAGAAGACUAAUCAGCACAUUUUAUCGUGGUGCCAAUGUAAUAAUAUUCACUUAUGACAUUACCAACAAAGAAUCAUUCGAAAAUAUUUCAAAAAUAUGGGUCAAAGAAUACAAUCAAUAUAUAACAACAACACUUCACAGUAACAAUUUAUUUCAACCAAUUCUUGUUUUAAUUGGCACAAAAUUAGAUUUAAGAAACCAAAAUAUAGAAAAAUGUGUUAGUAUGGAACAGGGUAAAGAAUUAGCCAAACAAAUUAAUGCAGAAUUGUUUUUUGAGGUUUCUUCUUUAGAUAAUACUGGAAUAGACGAUUCACUAAAUGAAAUAUUAUUUUGUAUAAUCAACAACCCAAAUCUUAAGACUGAGCAAGAACUGUCUUUAAUAAAACAACAAAAACUACAUCAAAUCGAUGACCAAAACAUAGAAAACUAUCAACACUCAAAACACUGUAUUAUAAAUUAA